AUGACCAGAAGACUUGUACGCACCGGCAUCCAGCUGGGCUUGAUAAUCACCAUCGUCUUAUUCCUCGUCGUAUUCCUCGAUAACAGAUACCGAGUUCUCCCUAAUGCUAUCCACAGCCAUCUACCUGCACACCAUCCAGGCUUUGUGGUCACCGACAUGACAGUCGUCACCUGCUCGUCAUUAAACCCUUUUAGCCGAUGUACAGUCGACGGCGAGGACUGGCACCGAAUUGAGAAGGACUUAUAUCUUAGCAAAGGCUUCCUGUCGAAGGCCUACCUUUACGUGCAGAGAAAACGCGAAGAUGAUCUAAGGACGCACGAAGAAGUAGUGACAGACGUUAGGAUUGGUCGUCUGCAGCCCUCGGCUGUCGAUCCAACUUCAAAGGAUGAAAGAUGGGAGUCUCGCCCCGCUGGAAUAUGGAUCAAGUUGUCCUCGAAACGGCACGACAAGAUGGUAACAGGAGUCGACGUGCUCUUCGGCGCCGAUGCGGUGGAUCCUCGCUCGAACUGGGAAAUUCAGGACAUCUCCUUAUUCAUCGAUGCAGACCGCGAGUCGCCCGAGCCUCGUCUCACAGUCCGCAAAGGCCCCGCUCUGAAAGUCGAGAGACCCAUCCCUCGAAUACGAAAAGACGGCAAAUUCAAGAUCAUGCAAGCAGCAGACCUCCAUCUCGCGACGGGCUUGGGGAAAUGUCGCCAUGCAUUACCAGAAGGACAAGGAUGUGAGGCCGACCCGCGAACGCUCGAUUUCAUCGCUCGGAUGAUCGAAGACGAGAAACCGGAUUUUGUAGUCCUCACAGGGGACCAAGUCAACGGCGACACCGCACCCGACGCUCAAACUGCGAUCUUCAAAUACUCCGAAAUGUUCGCGCGACACAAGAUUCCCUAUGCAGGCAUAUUCGGUAAUCAUGACGAUGAAGGAAACCUCAACCGCGCCGAAUCGAUGGCCGUGAUGGACGGCCUCCCCUAUUCGCUCUCGACCGCCGGUCCCGAGGACGUGGAGGGUGUGGGAAAUUACGUGGUGGAAAUCCUUGGUCGAGGAUCUACUUCCCACUCCGCGCUCACGCUGUACAUGCUCGACACUCACUCCUACUCUCCCGACGAACAACACUAUCACGGCUACGACUGGCUCAAACAAUCACAGAUCGACUGGUUCAAGACCACAUCUCAAUCCCUGAAGAGAAAGCACAAGGAAUACACGCAUAUACACAUGGACCUGGCAUUCAUUCACAUUCCCUUACCAGAAUAUCGCAAUCCAGACAACCUAGCCUGGGUGGGAAAUUGGACCGAACCACCUACCGCCCCGGCAUACAAUUCAAAUUUCAAAGACGCACUCAUCGAAGAAAAUAUCCUCGUCGUCUCAUGCGGUCACGACCACGUAAACGAUUACUGCCUGCCUGCAAACAAUAAAGAUAAGAAAGCUGCCUUGUGGAUGUGUUACGGCGGCGGUGCGGGAUUCGGCGGCUACGGAGGGUAUUAUGGAUAUCACAGGAGAGUGAGAUUCUUUGAGAUGGACAUGAACGAGGCGCGGGUCACGACGUGGAAGAGACUGGAAUGGGGCGACGAAGAGACACUGAAGAGGAGGAUUGAUGAGCAGAUUGUUGUGGAUGGCGGAAGAGUUGUCACGGGCAUGUGA